AUGAAAUCUAGCUUUAAGAGACGUUCAGCUUUUAGUAUUUAUCAAUCUCAACUUAAAAAGGAAGAUGAAGAUUCACAGAAGGAGCAGGAAAAAGUCGUUAAGACCCCUGGAUCGAAGAAGAGGCGACACGAAGAAAAUUCAACAAGUCGUGCGUCGAUUAGGAAAGUGAGCAAACUCGAUCGUGCUAGCAGCAAAAGUUUAAACGGUGAGGCUGGCGAUGAUGAAAGCUUCGAUCGCGAGGAACACACUCCGGAAAUAGCGGAAUCCAAGCAAAGAGGAAAAGGAACGUUGUUAAGCAAAGCGAAUAAACUGCGACAGAGCCUGACUUUAUCAAGUCGAAAGAAGAAAAUCAAAAGAAACGGAUAUCAAAGCUACGACCGUGGACUGGAGAAGUCUACCAGUAACCUAACGGUGCACAGUUUACCAGAGAAGGCGGGUUGUAAAUCGGACAGUGAAUUAUUGCACAGUGAAGUAGAACAGGAUGAUCUAGUUAAACUGGACCAUGACGAGACUGAAGCUGAUAAGCUUUUUUCUUGGUUAAUAAGCCCAGUGAAACCUAAGAAAUUUUUCAGGUACCGGUUGCAUAUUUGUUACAUGUAAUUUCAUCUUUACCCUAGCCUGCAUGAUAGGCACUUUAUGAGCCAGUUGAGGCAAUUGGGGCAUUCUCGUAAAGCAUGAGACAAGGCAGCCUUCUCACAAAGAUUUUGUGGAGUAGGCUAUGGAAUACGGAGGACUAGGUGGGGGUGAGUAUCUAAAAGGCGCAAGGCUCUAAGGGGGUCUGGGGGCAUGCUCUGGAAAGAGACGGUCGAGAUUUGAAAGGAGGUAGCUUGAUGAGCCGUCAACCAGCUGGGUUUUGAGAAAGCUGUAAUGGGAGGACUUGUCUUGUGCUUCAUGUGAAAUACCCCAGACAAGGAAGGACUCAUCUCGCACUUCAUGCCGUCUCAUGCUUUGAGCGAAAUGCCCCAUUCACCUUGCUUGGGUCAUAAAGUGCCUGUGUUGCAAGCUAUUUUUACCCCAUUCAUGUUUAUAGUGAAAGUCCUUAAUUUAAGGUGACUUUGUAAAUGGAGGGAUGGGAGACACUUGGCCUGGGCAUACAGUGUACAGUCUAUGUGUGCCAGUGAGGGUGUGAAAUGCUACCUAAAUUACUAACCUUAUUAACAGUAAUAACCUCAGCCUUAGUGAUAGUGGACACAAUAUAUGCUUUGCUUUUUCGUUAUAAAAUGUAACACCCUUGGAGAAUAAGCUUGUCUAAAAUUGAAUAAGAUGUUGAGAAUAUAGAGGCCAAAAAACCAUGUCCAAUGGUAAAUCCCCAUGCAAACCAAAUAAGUGCCCCUUCCACCAAUAGAGGGAUGGGUGCCUUAUAGGUUAUUGCUUUGGAGUUCAGAUCUGAAGUUCAAGGUUCAAGUCAUAGCUGUCUGUAUGACUGAAUUAUUUCCUUAGACAAAAGAAAAACCUGUCUCACCUCAACCAACUGUAUUUAACAAUAUUGUUCCUCGAGCCUGAAUAGGCUCUGAGUCAAUUAUAAACCAUGAGGCUGAAGGCUGAAUGGGCUAUUGACUCAGAGGCCAUGAGGGCAAGAGGUUGGUCAAAAAUAUCGAGACAAAACAACUUAAGCUGGUGAAACAUGAUUCAGCCGCCAUAGUUUUGGUUUUCAGAGCUGUCGCUUUUCGCUACUAGUGGGCUAUAACAUAUAGCCUAGCAGUAGUUCAACCAAUCAGAAUGCAGCAUUAAUAAUAGACCACUAGUUGGAUUUUACUAAAUAAGGAUACCAGCUAAAUUGUGGUGUUUUUAACCUGGAAAUUUCUUGUUAGAGGAUCCCACUGAGUUGGAAUUAUUAAAAUAUUUAACACUGAGGACUGGGAUUUAGUGCACCAAACCCUUUCGGCCAACCACUCCAGAACAAUGUUUGAUAUGUGUGAACAACUUGUUCCUGUUCCAGGCUAUGCUGUUUAAAAAAUAAUACAGUACUGGACAACUUUUUGUGUCAAUAUGAAUUUAGCUUUCCAGUAUAUUAUUGUAAACAUAGCCUAAGAAAAUGUUUUUUUUUUCUAUGUGAAUCAGUUAAAUCUUCCCUAUCAUUUUUUUUAGUGAUUUAUGGGAACAAAAGCCUCUGUUAAUAAAGAGACACCAGACAGAGUUUAAUGAGGGAUGGUUCAGUACUAAAGAGCUGGAUGAUAUUCUAAGACAGGUAAUAGCAAGAUUAAUAAUAAUGCCAUACAAUAAUUUAAAAAAGUGAAAUAUAUGGUCCCAAAGAUGACAUUCUGUAAAUUGCUGCUUACAUAGCCCUGGGCUUAUACAUCUUCACAAGGGUUUUUAAAUAGAGGGGCUUAUAUCAGAAGGCGCUUAUAAUGGGAAUAGAAAAGGCAUUUACUGGUUUUUAAGUAACCUGCAUAACAGGUGCUUUAUGGGUAAAGUGAAGUGAACAUGGCAUUUCAUGCAAAGGGUGAGAUGAGCGUGAAGCUUCAGAAUGUCAUAAUAAAUCAAAUUCAGGGGGAGUGGGUAUAAUCGGAUGCAUUUUUUGUUUACAACCAGGAAGAUAGGCUUAUAACUGGGGUAUGCUUAUAUAUAAGGGAGAGUCCCGAAUAUUCACCAUCAAACGCCAUAUUGAAAAUUCUCUCAACCCUAAAAUUCUCGCUAUUAUAAUUUAUUAUCACAUACCGUGACCACAAUUUUUUCUAUUCCGAAACAACCUAAUCCAUUAUGUUUCCGGCACAGUACAGCGAAACAACUAAAAAGCAGUAUAUUUACACUGUGGCCAUGAUGUUCUACACUGUAGUAAAAGUUUAAAGUCAAUUCUUGUCAGGGAAUAGUAGAAAAUUAAAAUUGAUAUAGACAGUCACAAGUCAAUAACAUUUGUAGGUAGAAGCAUUUAGUGUCUGUCAGUGACAUGUCAUCUAGAACUUCACCCUUUGGUAACAUUACUAUACACUGUCCUUGGUAUAACGGAAACAGAAAGUGGAAGAACUUUUCUCAUUUCAGCCACAAAACUUUGGAACUUAUUCCCUGUUCAUAUUAGAUCUAGUGCUAGCAUAAGGUUAUGCUGGCUUAAAUGGUUUUCUUAUUUCAUAACUUUUAUUUAUUUAUUUAUUUUUUUUCAUUGAAUUUUUAUUUAUUUAUGUUUGUUCUAUUUUUUAUCUUAUUUUCUUAUUUAUUUCCAUUUGAUUUUCUUUUUGUAUACAAAAUAGUAUUAUAAUUAAUUAUGCAGGGGUAUAGGGUAUCUUAUUAUGUAAACACAUCUGAAAAUUAGUUUCUACUUUAAUUUAGGGCAGAGCCCAGUAAGGUUUGUCAGUAUUCUGCUAAACGUUUUAUCCUUAUUAAAUGAAACUAUCAUUAUUAUUAUUAUAAGUAUUAUUAUUAGUAUUAGUAUGAUGUACAAAUUUUGUUUUGGUUCAAUUAUUUUUCCUUGGUUUGAUGUUUAUUUUUGUUUGUUUUUGGCAUGGCAAUAUGUAACAGUGAUCAGUGUCAAGAAAGGAAAAAAAAACAGGGAUAUAAAAAAAUAUACAAUAUUGAACCACAACAUACAGUGUUACUUACUGACAUUGGCUAUUAAGUGAUGCUAAAAUUUGAAAUUGUCAUGUAAGUGAGAUACACAGUCUUUACAAAUGCAGUUUUUGUACCUUGCAGUAAAAUUGUGAUGUCAUGUAUGUGGUUUUUUUUUGUAAAUAGGUUAGCUAUUUCUGAAACAUUUUGCACUGCAAUGUUGUCUUUUUUUCUAACGUUUUGUGUUGGUCCUUUUUUUUCUUUAUUGUUUCACAGCACAGAGUUCAGUUCUCAGUCAACUUAGAUGUUACUUCUUAUAAAAAUGGAGUCAGAGAGACCCAUAAUCCUAAAGGAAGAGCUCUUGCUCCUGUUGUUUGGGACUUUUAUGAGGUUUGUUAACAUCAUUCGUUCUACAAUAAUGUAGUAUGUUAUUUUGUUUUUAUUCAAAAACCUGUUUAUAGUCAACUCUCUCUAAGAAAGACGCCUUUGGAACCUUCGAAGCAUUGAAAAGAAGUUGCCGUGGGUUUCCUGUGGCUGAACAUUUUAACAUGGCUGGUCACUCAAUUGGCGACGCUUUGGUUCGAGGAAUGAUGCUCUCUGUAGAUAACAUGCAACGGAAACGCCUGGAAAUGUGACUGAUAUUUCAAUUUGGCAUCAGUCAGCCGCGCAGUUUAAACUCCGACUUCCGUUUCCUCUACGCUGCGCGUAGAGCCGUGCGUGCACUACAAAGCCUUUAAUUUUUAUUUGUAAUUUAUGGUGUAUAUAAACCUUGCAACGGUUUCAACGAACUGGUAAUUCGGCUGAUGAGGGGCCAGGCCUGAAAUGUUUGGAAAGGAUAACUUCAACCUAAACACGGCACUUUUGUUCAUAUUUCUUUCUUUUUAAUGAACAUUUUUGUUACUUCUAUUUUCUAAAGUAUGUGUUGAUCAUACACCUUUGGAACAUAUGCCACUUAUAACUGUCCAUUUAGGAGUAAUCUUACCGAGGUGUACAUCUUACAGAGAUGUCUGUUAACAGAGAUUCGACUGUACAACCUUUCUGUUAUUGACAUUGGAGGAGUUUGAUUUUUCGGAGGAGGGUGGCAAGAAGGGCGGGUGGAUGGGUCUCCUAGUUCAAAAUAUAGUGUCGAGGUAUGGGGUGACUUUUUUCAGCAACUCUUGCGACUGUGCGGAUCUGAUACUAACCUUUUAAAUUAUUAACUAUUGUUUUCAUCAGAUAAUGUCAGAUUUUAGUUUGACCAAAUUUCUUGCUUGGUUUUAGAAUGGCUGUUCUGUAAGACUUCUAAACCCACAAGCAUUUUCUCAUUCAGUUUGGAAGUUGACUUCACUAUUACAAGAAUACUUUGGUUGCUUGGUUGGUGCAAAUGUGUAAGGAUGACUUUCAAUAUGUUAUUUUUUAUUGUGUUGUGUUUAAAUAUAUCAUAAAUUUCAACUCCAAAAUUUGUGCCUUUGGAUCAAUGUAUAUAGUAGCUAGACUAAGUGUGAAUCAUAAUCUUAAAUUUUAAUUAUUGUGGCUGAAAUGAAAUUUACGCUAAGUUAAUCUCAAGGGAUGGCUAGCCAGCAGUCUCUCGUCAAAGAUAUGUGGAGGCAUCCUGAUCAUGUCACAGGGGCUCAUGUGUGUUUUUACAGCCAUUCUCUUGACGUCAGGCCAUUGCAUUCAUGUGUGGUGGCUCAUUCUUGCCAAUUGUUUUUACUGUUCCCUACCCUUCCCCCCCUAAGGUAAGUCUUUCAGUUUGCAGAGGUAAUAGCAGUGUGAUGGUGCCUGGAUGGAUGCCCCUCCCAGGGUUGUCAAGGUUACACAUUGCUCUUGGCUGCAGUUUGGGGUUCCACAAGCUUCACAGGCACUUCUCCCCCACACUCAUCUCUGUUGAUCAGUUUAAGUUCUAAGAGCCUGUGUACCGCCGCCCCUUCCCCUCCGAUUAGGGACCUUAAGAUACCCUGGACGCGGCGGUAAAGAGAACGGAGAAAGCCUGGAGUGAGGACGCGCGGUGGAAGCGCCCUUUUUGUUUAAUUCUAACUCGUCCAACCCAACUCACGAGCGGACUGCUCUCUCCUAUUUCAUUACGAAAGCACAAAAUUAAGGUAUUCAGCACUUCAGAACGAACUAAGAUACCUUGACGAUCUUUUAUUGGAAGAAAAAUUUGUGCUUCCGGCUAUUACUCCAGUUUCUCUAAAAAAAAAAAACCGAAUUUCUUCGAGGGAAACUUGAGGGUAUGAUCGGAGUUCAGUUUAUCAGCUAUUUGUUGCCAGACUUUUCCGCUUUCCGCUGUUCUAGAUCUUGCUUUAAAACGAUAUGAUACCGCUUCAUCGCUGAACUGAAAGUGAACAAAAUAAAAUUAUAAAAGUUAAUAAAUGAACCAUGGCAUCUUGUUCAAGAUCUCAAUUUUCUCCGACACGUUCAAGUUUAUUACAAGCCUAGAUUUUUUGUUUUUCAACAAUUUUUAUUUGACUUCUUGUCUCUUAAAGUUUUCAAAUACUAUCCUAAAGCGAGAACGUUGUCCCCUUAAAAACAACCAGUUAUAGUGUUACAUUUAUGUCGAAAGACUCAGCACUUUCAUUCUCAGUUGCCGCCAAAACACUGAACCCAAAAGGCUUGAUAGCAAAAAAAUAAGAGGCAAUCUUGAGAGAACACCUCACGAAAAACACUUAAAUGUGUCUCGUUAAGUAAAACGGAUCGAAAAUCCUGUACGAAAAGCAAUUUCUGGCUGAAAACAAGAAAACCAACUCACCGUUUUACGAGGCGGCCAAACUUUUAGUUUUCACCGUCGCGACUUCAGGUCGACGCUGUGGUAUUAUGCUAAUUAGUUCCAAGAAUUGAACAUUUCACUUCCGGUUGACGUCCUCCUCGGCCGCGUCCAGAGUAUCUUAAGGUCCCUAUUUUUUCUGAGGGGAGGGGGCUGCUGUACACAGGGUAUUUAAGUUCAAAUGAUCUAUUAUUUCUCUCUGCAGUUACCUAACUCCACCUGGUUCUCAAGGAUUUGCACCACAUUAUGAUGACAUUGAAGCUUUUGUUGUACAGCUGGAGGGCAGAAAACACUGGAGGCUCUAUAACCCCAGGUUAUAAUAAUUUUGAAACAAAUUAUUAUUGAAUGAGGCUGAGUGUGGUCUAAAGAAUUUACCUGCUGAUAACACCCCCUCAAUCUUCACAAUACUUCAAAUCAUAUGAAAGCUGAAUCCAAUAAUAAUUGUUGUAAAGUCAAACCUCCAUGUGCGACCACCUCCCAUGAGCGACUGCCAAUCCAAAACACCAAAAUUUUCCCAGUCAAAGCCUUACAGCUGGAACCUCUAGUAAACGACUACCUCCUGUAUUAAGCGACCACAACCACUUUUUGGGCGUGAGGGUUAAUCACUUUCCAUUGUUUUUAACCUCCUGUAACUUACUACUUGACGCCUUAUCUAAUUUUUAUGUUCGCUGUGUGCACUAUGCUACUUAGAAUAUACGAAGAACUUUAGUGACAACACGUAACUAUACAUGUCGUAACUUAGACAAUGCAUGCAAUAAAUUAUCUUCCAUAAAGUAGAUGUGCCUGGACCUCUUCUCAAAUGAAAUGCCUUGUGGAAUGUUUAGUGUGGCAGAUAUUAUUUAAAUAGCAGUUGUCAUCUUUUGAGUUGUAUUUUUCAUGCUGUUUUGCUAUGGUUUUAGCUACAAGUUUGGCUAUUUCUACUAUUCAAAGCAUGUGGGAUUUUUUCACUAUUUUCUACUAAGAUAACAGAGCUAAUGCAACCUUGUACUCUCCAGGGUUUCUCUGUUUCCAUCUCUUUUUCUGGGUAUGGUCUGUAUUCUUGAUGCCUUUGUUAUGAAUGUUAUGAACCGACUCCAAUUUAGAAGGAUUUGUAUGGAGUCAAUGGAGCUAACUGGGCUAAUAUCUCAGAAACAGUUUGCCCCAGAAUGCUUGUUUUGGCAAGUAGGCCUUUUGGAUGUUGUUCUUUCUUGAUAUCCCAACAAAUCCCAUAAUUUCACAAAUUUAAUUUUUUAUGAUGUCACACUUAAGGAUUGUCUUUUUUGUUGCUCUUCAGAAAUGAUACAGAAGCUUUACCUAGAUAUUCCAGUGGUAGGUUUUUUUGGUAUUGUGACUGAAACCUUCACCCGCCAAUAUAUAUAUAUAUAUUUUUAUAUUUAAAAGUAGGUUGAGUUUCAUCGUCCGGGUGAAGUCAAUGUAGUCCUGAAUAGGACUGUUGUUGUUGACAGUGACUGACGUAGUGACUGACGUCAGUCACUGUCAACAACAACAGUCCUAUUCAGGACUACGUUCACCCGGACGAUUAAACUCAACCUACUUUUGAAAUGACUCCUGGGUUCAAACCUUUCACAGCCUUUAUAUUUAAUUCAUUAACUUAUUUAUUUUGUUAGGUAAUUUCAGCCAGGAGGAAAUUGGAGAACCCAUUCUUGAUACAGAGUUGGCUGCUGGAGAUGUCUUGUAUUUUCCAAGAGGAACAAUUCAUCAGGUUUGUUUCGUUAUCUUCUGCUUAAGCUUUUAGGGUGCUACUUGGUAAACCAAAGAGCCACUGUUUAUGUAUUACACAUCACCGCUAGUUUAUUGAAUGAAUGAUACUGAAAUGUUAAAAGAGGGUAGAUCUUGAGCUGUCAAGAAAUACAUUUCGAAGAAACGUGUAGCUUUUACUGUGUCCUUAUCGUUAGAUAGAAUUUAAGGAGCUGUUACACGAAAUUUAAAAUUGAAUGAAACUUAAGAAUAACCGCUCAAAACAUGAAAAGAAGGUAUAAAUAACUCUGGCAGCAAAUUCAAAAGAAGGGACGGAUUUUCAUGAUUAUCAAAUACUUUUUUUAAAGAAAUCCGAAGCUACUUACAUUUCUGGGCACAACCCAGUUCACAUUCCUGACGAACCUUGAGGACCACACUGUGUGUCAGUCGCAUGUUAUUUUUUUUCUUCGAACAACAUUUUUAUUGACGGUCUGUCUGUUUCAUUCCUUCUGUUUUAUUUUCUUUAUUUAGGCUGACACUCCAAGUGAUACCCAUUCCCUGCACAUCACUCUGUCAACUUAUCAAAAGAAUGCUUGGGUUGAUUUUAUGGAAAAGGUCUGUACUUUACUCAGUAAACCGGCGCUUUCACUCCCAAAAGAAGUCAAAGUCAAAAUUCAACAAAAUUUCCUAAAUUUCAUUUUGUGAAACGCUGAAAUAAAGAUAGUACCAAGUGAAAGUUCUGCCAAAGUGGUCUCUUAUUAGAGAGCUUUAGAUUCUAAGACGAAAACGGCAUCGAGAACAAGAUUUUCUCAAUACUAAGUAGUGCGCGCGCGCGAACCAACCUCAUGUUGGUGGGAAAAUGUGGUAUCCGUCGUCAUUCUACCACGUGUUUUAACGAAAAUGUCGUAGUGGGGAAAACAAGUUAUCAAAUGUUAGGAGUUUCAUCAUUUAGUGAUCGGGAGGGGGCUUUACCUCCUUCAAGGGAAAUAAGCGUACUAACUUUUGUGGUGAAAAAAAAGUACAACGAAGCUUUCCGGGGAGUCUAUUUCUAGAGAAUAGGCGAGAAAACUUAAAAUUAAAAAUUAAAUGUCGUCCUCGUCCUCGAACCUGAAGCUCUCUAUUAAUCGUCACACGACAGGAUUUCGUCCAUAGACUCAAAAGUUAAAACCACCCUACUAGUCGAGAGAGACUUCUUCAUUCACUUUGGGAUUGAAAGGUUAAAGAUUUUCUUAAGCAUCCGUUUUGUAACUGAAUUAUUGUAAAGCACGCCGCAUUAAAAGUCAGAAUUGCACAGGAGGCCUUGUACUAAGAGUAAUACUCGCCAAAUAAAAGUGCGUUCGACACCUGCGCCAGCAGCCGUAGACUUACCACAGGUGGAGCUCACGAGUUUCUGCCAUAUUAAAUCAGACGAAGGUCUCUUUGGAAAAUGUACAGCAGCUGCUUUCACAAAAAAAAUUAUGCUUUUGCCGUUAACACAGUGGAAACUCUUGAGAAAUAGAUGAAGUGUUACUCGAUGCACUAGAAGCAGAUGAUACGUGAAAGAACUAUGAUCGAAAACGAGACAAAAUACAGUGGAACCUCGAUAUAACGAAGGCCAAGGGACUAACGAGGUCUCAUUAUAUCGAGGUUUUUUUUCACAUAUAUUACUAUUAGUUGGGUAAAGAAUGUCAUUCGUUAUUCCGAGGACGUCGUUAUAUAGACGUUCGUUAUAUUUAGGUUCUACUGUAUGACGUUAGUGGUCUGCAAAGGUUUGCCAUAUUAAAUGCUAGUGUGAAAACUAUGACCCAGCCGUUGCGAAAAAACAAGCCAAUAUGGCCAAACGGUUGUCCGUCAAGUGAAAUCUCAAAUUUUUCUUUCUGUGACUGGCAGGAACCCCAACAAAAGACUCUAGAUUAGAAUUGCGGUCUACUGCGUCGGACGCAACUAUUUUGUAGAACGUUAAAACUAUAAUAAGUUAAUUUAAAUUUGUUUUUAGUUGAUUCCAGGAGCACUGCAAACCGCAUUCGAGGAGGAUCUUGAGUUCCGUCAGGGUUUGCCACUGAAUUAUCUCGACUAUAUGGGUGUGGCAAAUUCAGAGUUGGUAAGCUUCCGUGGGUACUGCUAUGAUGGGUAUGGUUUUCAAGCAGAUUAGUCUGGGAUAGGGUAUACAAAUCAGAAACGUUAGGUUUAGAAUAGGGCUCACUUUCCAGGCAAGUGGUCAAUGGGUUGAAAAUUUUAGUCUAGAUUAGGAAUGCCAGGAAUUAAUACUUAAAAAUAUGAAAUCGGCAAUUUAAAUUUGCCUGCAACUUAAUUUAACAGCAAAGAAAUCAUCGACCUUUAUAGUUUCUGGAAAAUAACGACUCAAGGAUAGGGAGGGAGUUUGGGAGUUAAAUCUUAGCAAAAUUCAGCUGAACUAGCUCUGGCAUACAUAGGCUAAGGGUUCCGGGUCCCGGCGGCACAUCCCCACUCAAAUUGCUGAUAGUGAAGAUGUGGUUUAUGCUACAACUGAAUAAUUGUCACAAAAGAAGGGGGGGGGGGGGGGGGCUUUCGGCUUUUGGACGGGGGAGGGUUUAGAACAAAAAAAUUUUUUUUUUCUGUGGUGUCAAUUUAUUUUUCGUGGUGUUUGGGGAGCUUAACAAACAACUUUGGGGAGGGAAACGAGAGGGGAAAAACGCCAAAAUUCGAGAAAAAAAAAAACUUGGACCGAGUGGGGGGGGGGGGGGGGGGGGGACUUACGGCUUUGGACUGCGGAAGGCUUAGUACAAACAAAAUUUAUUUUUCCGUGGUGUCAAUUGUAUUUUCGCUGAGAUUAGGGAGCUUAAGCAACCACUUUUGCGAUGGUAACGAGAGCGGCAAAAAGCCAUAAUAUCAGUAAAACAACAACUCUGCACGUGCAUCACGGUUUUCGUACAUUCCUUUGCCGUCGUCCCACCACUGCAAUGAGUACGACUUCCAUUACACUAUUUCCGAGUUUCAAAAACUCUCACUUUCAAAACAAGGCUCGGUGCAAAAUCUUUCCUGGGAAAAUUGGUUUCAAUCGCAUGAGAAUAAAAAAUCAUUUUCAUAUCAAUAGCUUCGCGAUUAGCCUCGCUUUGAAACAGAGGCUUGGGGCAGGUUUUGAUGUUGUGGUCGCUUACCGACUAAGUAGGUUUUCUUUUGCGUUUUUACAUUGUUAGCAUCGCGUAUGACUAUUAUUUCUUAGAAAUUAUUCUUCUUUUCAUUUUUUUAGAGCAACAAAGAAAGAACAGAUUUCCUCAGGAAAGUCGAGAAACUGAUGAUGAAAUUAGCAUCGCAUGCUCCAGUGGAUGCAGCUGCUGACCAGGUAUACUGGGUGACUUUUGUCUUUAACUUCGACCAAUCCAUGAAGACUAGCAGAGCAAAAACUUCAAAAUAGAAAGUCUUUUCGGCUAAUCUCGUAAAAGAGAAAACUACUUGAUUUUAAACUGCUUCUUAGAUGUAUUCAUUUCAAGGAAAAAUAGUCAAAGUGCUUCCUUAAACUUUUUGGCCGAAAAUAAACGAUAUUUUUUGUUGUUCUCCCUUUCUGCAUAGAUGGCUGUUGGCGUCCUUCGUGAUUGCUUACCCCCAGUUUUGACAGCAGGUAAAAGAAGAAACCGUGAUAUUGACUUCAUUUAA